UAGGGAGCUGUAGUCCCCGUGCUGUAGGGAGCUGUAGUCCCGGCUGCGGGCGUGCCCCGGUGCUGUAGGGAGCUGUAGUCCCGGCACCCGCCGCCUACAGCUCCCGGCGGGCCGUGCCCUCGCUGCCGCUGGGACGGGCUGAGAUGGCGGCGGCGCGGCUGAGCGGCACCGAGAACCGUCUGGUGUCGCUGCCCCUGUCGCGGAUCCGCGUCAUCAUGAAGAGCUCCCCGGAGGUGUCCAGCAUCAAUCAGGACGCGCUGUUCCUCACGGCCAAGGCCACGGAGCUUUUUGUUCAGUAUUUGGCUACAUACUCCUACAAACACGGCAGAGGGAAGGAGAAGAAUGCUCUGACGUACACUGACCUGUCUCAUACAGCAGAAGAGUGUGAGACCUUUCAGUUCCUUGCAGAUAUCUUGCCAAAGAAGAUUCUAGCUAGCAAAUACCUAAAAAUGCUUGAAAAAGAGAAGCGAGAUGGAGAAGUGAGGGAAGAUGAUGAUGAGGCUGAGGAGGAAGAGGAUGAAGACGAAGCUGUUGGUGACAGUGUUGGAUCUUAAGGCCAAUGGAGAAUUGCUUCAUAGUUGAUCCAUUUUUCUAUUGUAUAAAGGAUGUUAUUUUUGUGACUGAGAAUCCAGAUGCUGGAUGUAUUUUUACACUGAGCCAUCUGCUUUUGCUUUAAGAAGUUUAGAAAUUGAACUUUAUACUCAUUGGAGAAUGGAAUUCUUCCCUCAGAAACACGGUGGGGUAGGAAGAGACAGUGCGAACCUGACAGCAGAGCUUGGUCAGGUGAUUUGAAAUGACUUUGUCAGACAAUCAUUACCCAAAUAUAAAAUUUCUUACAGGCAGCUUUCAGUUCAAAAGCUCCAAAAGUGGACCAAGUCCAUUAAAAAAGUCUGUGAAAGCAGCCUUGUGGGCACCCAAAUGGGAGAGGAGGAGAUCCAUCCCAAGAGCUAAUGGUGGUUCUGUAGCUCUGGUGGUAAAUGGGGUAGAAAAUUAUGUAAAUAUGUGCAUCCAGAACCCUUUUCUUGAAUGAACUCCAGUUCUGCAGUUUUUCUUGCCAAAGUGCACAUUGAAGUCUUAAUUGUGGGUUCUUGAGAAAGAGCAGCUCCUUUACCAUGUGAGCGACAGAGAUGGAUUUUUCAUUUGGUUUUGGUUUGCUUUUCUUUUUUUACUACAGAAAUGGCAACCAUCCUGUGUAGAACUUUACAGGCAACUUUUUAAAAUAAAUGUUUUGUAUGAAAACUUGACAA